GGUAUUCUCCGACGGCAAGAUGGGCUCUCUAUCAACAAUCGAUAUCUUAUUCAAGCCGCUUCAACAGAGGACGUUUCCCUGCACUCGGCUGCGAUCUCCUGUCGAAUUCUGAAAGGUGUUUAUAUCCCCCAAUGACAUGGAUGUGGAAUUUUACGCCCAGCGCGCGUUUCUGGGAGGAUCGAUGCUCACCGAAGCCACUCCCAUCAGUGGCUAUAUGAGUAUAAAUUGUAAAUGCAGUGAAUGCGGACUGGGUCGCUGGUAUAGGCAGGAGAGACCCUGGAGUCCCUGGAUUUUCCUCUCCCUAUCAGAUGGAAAAAAGUGGCCAAUGCAGUACAUGGCAAGGGGCGUUAACAUUUUGCCAGCUCUGGCUUAGCGAACGAGGAAGCGUUCCCCUGCUCCAUCGAUUCCCCGUCGACCUUUCCUCGAGCGUACUCGAAUCAGUGAGAACGCCCUGGGUGGAAUCAAAUACUACGGCGGCGGCAAAUAGAGCCAUCGAAGCCGUAUUUGAUGGGGCUGAGAUCAAUGGUAUCUCUCUGCCCAGAGCGUGCAUCGGUCUGAGUCCCAGCCGAGCCUUCAGGGAAAAUGAUAUAUCCUCGACCAGUUCUUCCUUGACGAUGUCAACAACCGGACAGACCAGUACGGUGGCUCCAUUGCUAACCGCUGGCGCUUUGUCCUCGCAGUCAUUAAAGCGACGACCGAGGGGUUCGGGGUUGACUGGGUCGACAUUCGUCUCUCACCACACGCCUACUUGCAGGACACACACGACUCUGACGCCGCUGUCCACUGGGUAUAGCUCUGUGAGCACAUUGCCGCCUUCCGAAAAGAAGCACGUCCAACCUCCUUGCGCAUGGUUGGACCCGGCGAUUGUGGAUUACCCACGAUAAUCGGAUAAACGAGGACCACGCCUUACCAAAGUGGGAUCAUUUAACCAUUAUUCCGUAGUACUUAAACCAGCAGCCUCAUUGCAUCAUGCACGGCAGCGCACCGUGCGAUUCCGAGCUGUUGUGCCAUCUCCACCAGCAACCAUUCGUCUCGUAUUCCCCUUGAUAACAGCCAGACCGGAUGUGUCUAGAGAUGCAGCCGUAGCUACAAUAAGCGACUUCAAGUCUGUCUUGACUGGCUCAGUUCCACCACCAUGCUGUCGGCCAUGAAAAGCUCAGCUUGUCAGUGUGGCUGGAUACAGGCACCGGGAUGAUUGAA